AUCCUGCACAUGCAUGUGUGGUUACUGUAAUUGAGAGGUGUAACAGUCUGUCUCUAACUACACCUUUAAAAAGUUGUGCUCUCAUUUUGAUACUGAAUUACAAGAAACAUUGCCAAUAAUGAACUGCUUACUGUGGAAGUCAGUUACUGUCCUGAGCCUGGUUUGGGCUGUUGGAGGACAAUCAAGUGGAGACCUGAGGCUGGCAGACAACUCAAGCCGAACAGGAGGCUCCUCUGGCAGACUGGAGGUCUAUUACAGUGGACAAUGGGGGACAGUGUGUGACGACCUCUUCAGUCCAAAUGAUGCGAGAGUGGCUUGUCGUCAACUAGGGUUCUCAAGCUACACUCAAUACGGAACAGUUGGAACGCUAGGUUUCUCCCGAGCUUCAUCAUCCACUCGGACAUGGCUGGAUGAGCUUCGUUGCUCAACUGAGAGCAGACUCAUUGAUUGCCCUGCUAACACUAUCGGAGUUGCAGAUUGCACCCAUUUACAAGAUGUGGCAUUGAUCUGUACUGCAAGCACGGAAAGCACUGCAAGCCCAAAUGGAGACCUGAGGCUGGUAGACAACUCAGGCCGAACAGGAGGCUCCUCUGGCAGACUGGAGGUCUAUUACAGUGGACAAUGGGGGACAGUGUGUCAGGACAGCUUCGGCUCAAAUGAUGCGAGAGUGGCUUGUCGUCAACUAGGGUUCUCAAACUACACUCGAUAUGAACCAGUUCGGUGA